AAAUACCAUAGUAUCCCCGAAAAAAUAAUCAUUAUCGAUCAGUCCUUUCAACAAAGCGAUCAAAAUGAUGAAACUGAUACUCCUUGCUGGUCUUGUAGCUGUUGCCUUGGGUGACGUUAGUCAUUUGCUUCAGCGACCAAUAGCAAUUCUCCGAUAUACAAAUGAAGUUUAUCCUGGUGGAGUCUACGAAUAUGCAUACGACACUGAAAAUGGAAUCUCAGCCCAAGAAAAUGGCCAACCUAGUAACUCAGGACCCAGCGCCGGAACUGCUGCUCAGGGUUCCUUCCAAUAUACUUCCCCUGAAGGUGUACCUGUACAAAUUCAAUAUCGUGCCGAUGAAAACGGAUUCCAACCUAUUGGUAACGUGUUACCAACCUCACCACCAAUCCCUGAGGCAAUACUUAGAUCUCUUGAUUACAAUGCACGUGCGAACAAGAGGUACUAAUAAUGUAUAUAAUAAUUAAUAAAACUAUAUUUUCAUAACAUA